AUGACUGAAACCACUUCGACAUCGAAGUCCAACAACAUAAACAACGAGAAAAUACACGAAAUCGUCACCACCAUCUCCGAAGAGCGAAUCGAACAUGAAAAUGCCGCUGGGUACAAGCUUUAUGAAAAAGCUCAUGAUUUCUCAACUGAUGAAGAUUUGAAAAUUUAUAAACGAGUGUUGCGUAAAGUUGAUUGGAGAAUAGUACCACUACUUUGUAUCACUUAUACUUUGCAGUUUUUGGAUAAACUUUCAUUAAACUAUGCUUCGGCUUACAGUUUUAAAGAAGAUUUGAAUUUAUUUGGACAACGGUAUUCUUGGGUUGCCGCAAUCUUCAACUUUGGGUAUUUGUUUUGGGCAAUCCCUGGAAAUUACAUUAUACAACGGCUUCCAGUAGCCAAGUAUACUGGUUUCAUGUUGUUUACUUGGUCUAUUAUUCUAAUUGGUCAUGUUGGGCUAAGAAAUUAUGGUGGGGCAUUGGUGAUCAGGUUUAUCUUAGGGAUGUUUGAAGCUAGCAUCAGUCCAUCAUGUAUGAUAAUAUGUGGUUCUUUCUACACCAUAAAGCAACAACCGAUUCGUAUGAGUUUAUUCUUAUCGUUUAAUGGUGUAGCGACCAUGGUUGGAGCAUUAUUAGGAUUCGGUUUGGGCCAUGCAACUCAUGCCAGUAUCAAACCGUGGAAGUUGAUUUUUUUGGUCAUUGGAUUGUUGAAUCUUGUAUGGGCGGUGAUUUUCCUUUGGCUAUGUCCUGAUUCUCCUGAACUGGCCAAGUUUUUAACCGAGGAAGAAAAAGCAGUUUUGAUUAAACAUAUAGCUAGUAACAAUCAAGGUGUUAAGGAUAAAAAAUUUCAAAAUUACCAAGUUGUUGAAGCAUUAAGGGAUGCGUCAGUGUUGAUGAUUGCUGCCGUUGGCCUAGCUUGCGGGGUAAUCAAUGGUGGUGCUUCAAAUUUUAUUUCCGCUUUGAUCAAGGGGUUCGGGUUUACUGGGAUUCAGGCAACCGCAUUACAAUUACCUCUAGGUGCUAUCGAGGUGGUGUUUGUUGUUGUGGGUGGUAUCAUUACAUUUACCAUCAAAAAUACUCGUUGCUACGUGUUGUUUGGUUUUUGUAUUGCUCCUUUAGUUGGUCUUAUUGGAAUACACACCAUUUCACUCGACCACAGGUGGUCGUUAGUUGGAUGUGCAUUUCUUCAAUUUAUCAUCGGUGGGCCGGUGAUUAUGUGUUGGAUAUUACUCAAUGCCAACGUUUCGGGAAGCUCUAAACGAACAAUCGCAAAUGGCAUUUGGUUUUUGUUGUAUGCUGCUGGUAAUAUUAUCGGUGCCAAUAUUUUUUACACCAAUCAAGCACCAAAGUACAACAGUGGAGUUAUUGGUUUGAUAGCUUGUUAUUGUGGCAUUAUGGUGUUAGCCAUAGGCAUUAGGUUGGUGUUGAUGAGGAGAAAUAGAGUAAAAAAUAAGUUGCAAAAUGGUCAAACCGAAGAACAGAAAGAGCAGGCAAUAUUGAAUGGGUUCAUGGGAAUGACUGAUUUUGAAAAUGAGGGUUUUAGAUACUCCUUAUAG